AAACCUGAAAAAUCAAGAAAGAAUAGGUGCACAAACUAUGCAUUACAAACUCUUGAAAUAUGCUGAGCGUGGAGACAUAGAAAAGGAAGAUAUUUCAAAAUCGACUACAAUAAAAAAUUGGUUAUACUUGUACGCUCGUGCUUUUAAGCAAGAGGCAACAGAAAACAAGCUUGAGUUAGAAAUUAAAUAA